AUGGUGCUUGGACGAUGCCCUGAGGAUCAGCGGUCCCUGUUGCUCGAAUUGAAGAAUAAUCUCACAUACCAAUCUCAUUUGUCCGUCAAACUGGUUCAGUGGAAUGAAAGUGUCGCGUACUGUAAUUGGAAGGGUGUUACCUGUGAUGACGCCUGUGUUAUCGGUCUUGAUUUGAGCGAUGAGUUCAUUUCCGGUGGGAUUGAUAAUUCCAGUAGUCUUUUCCGUCUUCGGUUCUUGCGAAGUUUAAACUUGGGUCUCAACCGGUUCAAUUCCACGAUGCCGACUGGAUUUGAGAGGCUUUCGAGUUUGAGUGUGCUGAAUAUGUCUAAUUCUGGAUUUUGGGGACAGCUUGAGAACCCAAAUUUGACGUCUCUUGUUAGCAAUUUGACCAAUUUGAGAGCUCUAUAUCUUGAUGGUGUAGAUUUAUCAGCUGCGGGAAGAGAGUGGUGCAAGGCCUUAUCGUCUUCACUGCAUAAUCUGAGAGUGUUGAGUUUGUCGGACUGUUCACUUUCUGGACCUCUUGAUUCUUCUCUUGCGAAGCUUCAAAAUCUAUCAGAAAUUCGUCUGGAUAGCAACUUCUUUUCCUCACCGGUUCCCAAGGAAUUUGCAGAUUUCCCUAAUUUGACUUCGCUGCAUCUUAGCAAUUCAAGAUUAUUUGGAGAAUUCCCUCAAAGAAUAUUCCAGGUAUCAACUCUUCAAACCCUGGACUUAUCCCUGAAUCUAUUGCUGCAAGGUUCUCUUCCAGAUUUCCAAUUCAAUGGAUCCCUUCAAGUUCUUUCGCUUCGUGUCACAAAUUUCUCCGGGUCACUGCCAGAUUCUAUUGGAUAUUUUAAGAACUUGACCAGAUUAGACUUGACGAAUUGCAACUUUGGUGGGUCCAUCCCAAAUUCUAUCGAAAAGCUUACACAACUCACAUAUAUGGAUCUUUCGAGCAACAGAUUUGUUGGUCCAAUCCCAUCCUUAUCCUUAUUGAAGAAUCUUACAGUUUUGAACCUUGCUCAUAAUGGGUUGAAUGGUUCCAUGCUUUCCACUGAAUGGGAAGAGCUUUCCAAUCUUGUUAACCUUGACCUGCGUAACUAUUCUCUCACUGGAAAUGUUCCUUUAUCUCUGUUCCAUCAUCCCGCAAUCCAGAAGAUUCAUCUCAGCUACAACCAAUUUACUGGUAGUUUGAAUGAGCUCGCCGACGUGUCCUCGUUCUUACUUGAUACCCUUACAUUGGAGAGCAAUCGGUUAGGAGGUCCAUUCCCGUUGUCGUUUUUUAAACUUCGAGGUCUUAAGAUUCUCUCACUUUCAUUCAACAAUUUUACAGGAAAAUUGAAUCUAGACAUGUUCAAGCAGCUUAAGAAUAUGGUGAGACUUGAACUCUCAAGUAACAGUUUGUCAGUUGAAACAGAGAGCACUGAUUCAAGUUCUUCCUUUCCUCAAAUCACCACACUGAAGUUGGCUUCUUGUAACUUAAAAAAGUUACCCGACUUAUUGAAAACCCAAUCUCUGCUCAACUCUCUUGAUCUCUCUGAUAAUGAACUUCAAGGAAAAGUACCUCUUUGGAUUUGGGGACUCAGAACUGUUUCUCAAUUAAAUCUUUCUUGCAACUCUCUUGCUGGUUUUGAAGGAUCACCGAAGAAUCUUUCUUCCCGUCUCUAUCUUCUUGACCUUCAUUCCAACAGAUUUGAAGGGCCACUUUCGUUCUUUCCUCCAUCUCCUACCUAUUUGGAUUUCUCCAAUAACAGUUUCAGUUCUGUUAUUCCACCUGCGGUCGCAAACUACCUUGCGUCUACAAUUUUCUUUUCUCUGUCAAGAAAUUCUUUUGAAGGUAGUAUUCCGAAAUCCAUAUGCAGUACUAUAAAUCUUAAAGUACUGGAUUUGUCUAGUAAUAACUUGAGUGGCAUGUUUCCCCAAUGUCUAACUCAGAGGACUGAUCAUCUUGUGGUACUAAAUCUCAGAGGAAACGCCUUAAAUGGCCCUAUUCCUACUUCAUUUCCAGUUAAUUGCAGUCUAAGGACUCUUGAUCUAAGUGGAAACAACAUUGAAGGGGAGUUACCGAAAUCUUUAUCCAAUUGCCGUCAUUUGGAGGUUUUGGACAUUGGGAAUAAUCAGAUACAAGACAUCUUUCCAUGCCCAUUGAAGAACAAAUCCACUUUGCGGGUACUUGUUCUUCGCUCGAACAAAUUUCAUGGAAGUUUUGGAUGUCAGGAGAGCAAUGGCAGCUGGGAGAGCCUGCAAAUUGUGGACAUAUCUCGAAACAACUUCAAUGGCGGUAUUUCUGGGAAGAGCAUAGUAAAAUGGAAAGCAAUGGUGAAUGAGGAAGAUUAUAGCAAGUCAAGAGCUAUUCACCUUCGUUUUAGUUUCUUCAAAUUCAGUUCUGUGAACUAUCAAGACACAGUAACCAUUACAAGCAAAGGUCUGAACGUUGAACUGAAAAAAAUUCUAACAAUCGUCACAUCCAUCGACUUCUCCUGCAAUCACUUUGAUGGGCAGAUACCUAAAGAAGUCGGGCAACUUAGGGCGCUUUAUCUUCUCAACCUCUCACACAAUUCUCUAUCGGGUGAAAUUCCUUCAUCCAUAGGAAAUUUGAGUCAGCUGGGUUCUUUAGACCUUUCAAAUAACAGGCUUAAUGGCAUAAUCCCUUCAGAUCUUGCAAGACUAUCGUUUCUAGGAGUAUUGAAUCUCUCCUACAAUCUGUUGGUUGGUAAGAUCCCUAUCGGCCCUCAAAUCCAAACAUUUUCACCAGAUUCCUUCGUAGGUAACGAAGGAUUAUGCGGAUCCCCUUUGCCGAAGGAAUGCAAAACUGAUAUUCGACCAUCUUCAGAUACAAGAACCUCAGCAGGGGGGGUUUCAGAAAAUGAAUUUGAAUGGCAAUACAUAAUAAUUACCUUUGGAUUCAUAUCAGGUGCGAUCACGGGUGCAAUCGCCGGUCUUUGGGUUUGGGAGAAAAAAUCCGAUACUUUGAUGAGAUGGGCCUCGGCUUUAGGUUUUGGUAUCAAGAAAAGGGUUUAAAUCUUA